ACAUCUCUAUCAACUGAUGCUAAUACCAGCCCAAGUGUGUCCGUUCCUUGGUCAACAACUAAACCGACAAGCCCUCAAAUGUCAACAAAGAAGUCAACAGAAAACACUGUGACGAAAUCGGAAGCCUCAACUAAUAGCCCAGUACCAUCUCUCCAAGAAAAUUUACGAGGGCAAAAUACAGCUGCAAUUGCAGCAGCAUGUUCUAUUGUUGGUUUAGUGGUACUUGUCGUGGUCAUAAUUGUUCUAUAUAUCCGUCAAAGAUCCCGAAAUCCAGAGAUGGCUGCACCCCAUGAAAAAGACGAGGACGAUUCCAACAUGUAUAACAACCCAGUGUAUUGUUCAAAAGAUGGAGGCCUUCCGAUCCCAGACUUGAUCGUCGGUACGACUUCCAAUGACGGCCCUUCUCCCCGUGCACCACUAAAACCAGCUGACGUUGACAGUCAGUAUGAAGAAUUCGAAGGCCAUCGCCAUAUAAAGACGAACAUUGUUGAUUCCCAACCCCAUGGUGAUGCCUUCAGUGGUAUCACAUCCGAGAGUGGAGAACUGAAUCCAGUCACUUAUUACUCUCUCGAAGAUCUAUCCACCAUUGAUGUUAACGAUGACGCCCUCAACGAGGAUGAUUAUCACACCUACGAACAAGCUAUCAACCCACGGCCAUCAAAGAAACCAAAGGAAGCAACAAUGGACCAAAUAGGAACCGGCAGUUUGUAUCAGGACUUAGACAAACCGUCGCCAUCAACGAAUGCUUAUUCUUCUCUUGAUACGAAAAGGGAUUUGCCCCAACAUGGGACACAAAACGGUGGGAAAGAUGGACAAACAGAUGGUUCUGCUGUUCUUGACGAUGAGUUGGAGUACAAUGCGCUCACCUUCAAUAAGUCAUCAGACAUCACCCGGGCAUUAAAGACGCCAGCUGGUGUAUCAGAUAUAAAGGCAAACAAUGGAUACGGUGUCCUCGAUCUACCAAAAGAAGGCCACUCGGAGCAGUCUCCACAGCUUCACAACGACGAUGUUUAUAAUACCAUUGAGGGUUCUCCACAGGAGCAAGACAUCACGAAAGAAAUGCCUGCAGAAUCGUUCAGUGGGUACCAAGCUCUGAACCAUCGACAACAGGACGAUCAGAUUUCUCGACAAGGUCUCAAUCCCAAAAAGGUCACCCCAGUAUCCCCUGGAGAUUACCAAAGUCUAUCAACUGGCCCAAAAGGUCCAGGACCAAAGAUGGAAGCAUCCGGCUCAGAUCAGCCAGAUGAUGAACCCGAAUACCACAGCUACCAAGAUCCAAGUAAAAUGGACAUGAAUGGACCCGUUCCUCGAGAACUGGAUGCCUCUUCGAGUGACCAGUACAAUAUCCUCGAUUCUGGAAAGGAGGUAGGAGAUUACCACGUGUAUCAACAUACAAAUGAAUAUGGUAUGGAUGAAGGAACAUAUGAAGAUAUUAACUCGAAGACAAGCCACGACGAAGAAUAUUCUACUGUAGAUCAGAUCCAAGACCCUAAGGCAGUAGACGCAGCCAAAUUUGAACCAAUAUAUAGCGAUGAGGUUUACUCCGAGUUUCAGUAACAUGCUUGAUGUAUAUGUAACCAUAGUAAAACUUUUAUAUUAUUAAUCUUGCAGCUGUGUAGUAUAAAUGCACAUUUAUAAGAAUAACUAUUUAACGAUAUACCAUAAUCCGGAUUCAAUGGCUUUUAUGCUCCUAAGAAUGAAAUUAUGCUAAUUGAUAAGGAUUUGAAUAGGUUUCGAUUUACAUAUAGACAAUAGAACGCUAUGCAGCUUCGCCGCAGAGUACAAAGGAAAGAACACACAUAGAAUUUUGUCAUGCAACCUUUAUUUGAAUGAUAUGGCGAAUAAAUAAAAAAAAAUGUAUGAUAGGUUAUAACUUUAUUAAUGCGCCGUACAGAAAUAUGAUGUAAGUAUGGAGUUAUAUAGCGUAUCCUCACCCGCCAUAUUGCUGUCCCUUAAACACGAAUAUUUGAUGUUUGGUAAAUGAAAUGAAUAGUACUGUCCACUUUUUCAAAAUCAUGUACCAUAACGACAAUAAACACACUCUUUUUUUAUGCGUCAUAAGUUGUAUAAUAAAGACAUCAUUAUGGUGAGUGAGGGUAGUUUAUGCAAAUUGAUUUAGCACAUUAUUGUUCGGAAAAAUGUCCUUUUAAGUUUGAUUAAUAUAAAAUGCGAUUUUAAGUUUGAUUGUUAAUGUGUGUUGUGUACCCGUUUUAUACAAUACGUUAUUUAUAUCAAACGAAUUGUCGGAAAUAAUGAUUAUUGUAUAUAGGUUGUGUCGUAGUUUUUUAACCUAAGAAUUUGUGUGUUAUGUCCGAGGCUUUGCUGAUCAACAGUACUCUUUGUUUCAGACCAUA